GGAUCUGAUUUCACCGGAUACAUGCCGAACCAUAAUUCAAUUCUUCUUGAGAACGAUAUCGGCGCUCUAGCCUAACCUCCUAGCAGUCAUACACGUACUCGUAUCCUGGGAUCAUAUAGCGUCAGUGCUGUCAACUGGCUUAUGGGUCACAGUCAUCGAGUCGAUGAAGAAGUGAAAAUGUCAGAAAUUAUUUUUUUCCCUUGUUGUGUGUCGUCUGAGCAGAUUUUCGUCUGCGUCUGAAGGAACAACUAUUGCACAUCCGGAAGAGGACAGGACGAAGAAUGAAUUUUGAAUGGGGUACUCACCGGCUCUAGAGUCUAAAGUCGACGUGCUGGUCGUACUGCAGCGAGUAGCGAGAGCGAACCAAAUGAGAUGUGCUUUGUUCACCUUUGCGGCAUAGGUUGGCCUGUGGUUGUCGAGGCAGACUCCAGGUCACAAUGGGUCGGUACGAGAGGUUGUUCGAUUCUCAAAUCCCCUUGGUCCGUUCCCAUCUUGAGUUCUGACCAGUGUAUCGCGGCCGAGGAGAAACAGCUUCUUACAGCUUGGGCAUGGGCGAGAGGCUAUAUUCUAUCUGGAUGUCGUGCUUGCGCGUCACGUCCUCGAUAUGAGAGGAUAUAAGACUUGACAUACCCAUCACUGGUGCGAUGGUCACGUAGCUUGCAAGAUCAUGAGGCGGAAUGCGUUGAGCACAUCUCCACUAUCUGGUUACUGACCGAGUCAGCCCA